CGCCUUCGAGAAUGGUGCACGGUGCCUUCUGGCGCCGGGUGGAAGAGCUGCGCCGCUCGGUGCGGACGAAGAUGACGGAGGCGAGGACGUUUUUCCUACGGCGCGCAUUUCUCCUGCUUCACUGAAACCGUGGGUUCACCGAGAUCGUCUGCUGUGACUCGUCUACUUGACCCGUCUGCUUGACCCGUCUGUGUGGGUUCGCCUGAUUUAGCCCAUCUGCUGUGAACCGUCUGCUCUGACCCGUCUGCUCUGACCCGUCUGCUCUGACCCGUCUGCUCUGACCCGUCCUGCUUUGACUCGUCUGCUCUGACAACCUGUCUGCUCUGAGAGCCCGUAUGCUCAGACCCGUCUGCUCUGAGAACCCGUAUGCUCUGACCCGUCUGCGCUGACCCGUCUGCAGUGAUCACGUCUGCUCUGACUUCGCCUGCACCGAUCUCGUCUGCUGCGACCCUUGUGUCGUUCUUACUUCCUUUCAAAUCUUCCCGCGGACGUUUGCUGAUCCCAGGAAAAAAAAAAAUCUGUACAUUGGCCGUCUGCUAUUCGUUGGGUCUCUGACGCCUGCUCCAAGUUUGACGUCAUCGCGCCGUGCGACGACGGAACGCUGGUGGUGUGAUUUCAGUGACACAAGAUCGUCCCACGUAGUAGGGCUUCCGAAGCAUUUCCUGUUCGGCCGCCAUCUGCUCGAAGUAAUAGGACGGCGGGAAUUAAGCAACACCCGUUGGUCGGCCACUGUCAGCGACGCCGUGGGAUUCUGUGCCGGCAGUGUUGUGUCUAUUGGGGUGAAAACGCGGCCGAGUGGCUGAAUGUCUCUGUGGAUAACUGUUUGGCUCGCACCCCGCCUGACACUCUUGUCUCGUGUUUUGACUUUCGUGGCGUAAAAGUAGAAGUCGCGGAAUUCAGAACGUCGUCGGCGUCGGCAACCCCGUGGAGCAUUGGUACCGUGCACGAUCGAACCAUUGUUCGCAAAUCUUGUUUGUUAAGCGUAUCGGUGUUGUUGUCAGCUUUGAAGCCUUGCUGGUAGAAUCGCGCAUUCAAUGUCUUCCCGAACAUCUGCGAAACUUAUGCAGCAUUCUCGCGUACUUUGACGUCAACGCGCGACUUCCUUUUCUUUAGGGAAAGCUCGCCUCGCGAAAGAAGAAGAAGAAGAAAAAGAGAAAACGCCUAUAGGUAGUGGAUCGCGGAGAAGUCUUUAGUUUACACUUGCAAACAGUUCGAUGCAUGCUUAUUGCUCGUGAACUACCACCGGCCGAAUUCGCGAACGACGACGUUUGUGCCAAGUUGCUCGAAGUGCGGUUGACGCGAAGAGUGCAUUCACCUUUCGACACGGGAAGUUUGUGACUUGAACCCUAGCCCGUCGUCACAUCGGACUUGGGAGUGUGUCGUCAUUCGACUUUGGCCAACUGCGUUGGAAUCGGAGUCGACAUGUUCUAUAUCACGACAUACUCGAAGAAGGCUCCCCAGGCUAACAUGGCCCCCAACGGCGGGGUGAUGGGCGGCCCACCCCAACAGGGCGGCGUACAGCCGCCAGGUGGCGCUGCUGGGGGUGGCGGCCCCGGCGGCGUGGUGCCCACGGGUGCCGGCGGUGCAGGUGCCGGUGGCCAACCCCCCACGGACCCCAUGAUGGCGCUGCGCUCCAUGGCCACGCAAGGCGGGGCCAGCGCCGGGGGCGCGGGGCCCCCCGGACAGCCUGCACCGGGCCAGCUCAUGGACGGCUCCCAGCCAUCCCAGGGCGGACCAGGGCUCAACCCGCUCGCCAUGCAGCAGCCACGCUUGAUGCAGGUUGGCAACAUGAUGAUGGCAUCACAGGCUCAGCAAGGACCUAUGCAAGGACAACUUCAGAAUCAGCUCCAAGGACAACUUCAGGGUCAACUCCAAGGACAACUUCAAAAUCAACUUCAGGGGCAACUGCAAAACCCGCUGCAGGGCCAACUCCAGGGUCAACUGCAGGGGCAGCUGCAGAACCCCCUUCAGGGCCAGCUGCAAGGGCAGUUACAGGGUCAGCUUCAGGGUCAGCUACAGGGACAGCUACAGGGUCAACUUCAAGGUCAACUUCAGGGCCAGCUUCAAGGGCAGCUUCAGGGCCAACUGCAGAACCAGCUGCAGGGCCAGAUGCGACCUCAGCAGCCGCAGAUGAUGAACAACUGCGUGCCCAUCACCAUGCAGAAGCUGCGGCCCCAGGGACCUGUGCCCAAUGUCUCAGUGGCACCACAGCAAGCAAGCACUGUGCCGAGCCAGUUUCAAAGUCAAGCACCGCCGACGUCAGUGGUGGCAUCUCAGCUGGCUGUACCCACUGCUGCUAGUGUAGCUCCUGUUUCCAGUCAAGGGCCUGGAAGCAAUCAGGGCCCCGUGCCAUCACCGGCUGGAGGGCCGUCCCUGCCAAACAGCGUGCCAAGUCAGAUGGUGCAGUCGCCAGCCGGCGGCUACGCUCCCAGCCCGUCGUCGUCACAGGUUGUGCCUUCGCCUGCGGGAAGCUUUAUGGGCCGCACGCCUGGCACCGUAGGAGCUCCAUCACCAGGCAGCACUUUGAGCACACCAGGCAAUGUUGGAGGUGCCACGCCCAGUCCUGCAGCACGUACCCAGACGGAUGACCAAGCGUACCUGGAGAAGCUGAAGCAGCUGUCUAAGUACAUCGACCCACUGCGAAGGAUGAUUGCACGCAUCGACAAGGACGAAGAUCGCAAGAAAGAGCUCAGCAAGAUGAACAACCUCCUUGAGAUCCUGUCGGACCCCAACAAAAGGUGUCCAAUGGAAACUCUCCUAAAAUGUGAACAGGUCCUGGAGAGGAUGGAAUUGAAAGUGAAAUCGCGUGUAAAACAACUAGCGGAAAGCUUUGUGAGCGGUGCUGGUGCCACAGGCAUCGCCCCCGGGGGUGGCGGACGUCUGCAGGAGCAGAACAUCUGCCAGCCAUUGCUGGACGCAGUGGCCAGCCACAUCAAGUCGCCCAUGUUCAACCACACGUUGAGCCGCGUGUUUGGCCCAGCCAUCACCACCCUGCUGGGCCCUUCACCCAGGAGAGCUUGCAGCUCGCCAGAGAUGCCGGCCAAGCGUCGGCGGCUACCAGAGGAAACGGUGGAGAUUCCCGACCUGUUGCAGGGCGAGAUUGCCCACCUAGACCAGCGCUUCAAGGUGCAACUGGACCCAAGUCAGCACCUAGGCUCUCGCACUGUCCACCUCAUUUGCCAGCUGGAUGACAAGAACCUUCCCUGUGUUCCUCCAAUAACCGUGGCUGUACCAGAAAAUUACCCGAGCCGGCCACCCCAGUGCAAUGCUAGCAGAGAUCAGUACGAUUCGACGCAGUUUCUAAGAAACAUUCUUCACUCAUUAGACGUACACCUCAACAAAAUGCCCGAGAAGUAUUCGGUCACAUCACUUCUAGACACAUGGGAAAUGUGCGUUCGUCAAGCCUGCUCUUUACCAGACACCAUGGUGACGACUGGAAGAGAUUGAUGUAGACUUAAGGCUUAAGUUGACCCACUUUCUCAGGACCUGAUAUCAAUCACCAUGGACACUGCCUUCUCUCAGCGCAUCAUCAGCGCACAUGGCACCAAAAUGUCUUCAUUUUUCUGGCUGGUCCACUUGUACCUUGAUUGUAAAUACUGUUCAUUGUUGCAGAGACAAAAAUACAACAUCCUUGUUCACCA